UAUACAUUUGGAGAUAGAUCAGUGAAAUAUAGACCUGAGGGAUCUAUAUUUUCUCAAUGAAUUUUCAAAAGAAAGAGAACUUGAGCCAAAACGCUAACAACAACACUAACGGAAAUGUAAAAGAUCUUUAAAUACAUUUGCGCUCCUUGAUUGUUGUGCAGUUGGUGCAGUUGGUGCAGUUGGUACAACUAUUUCAAGUCAACGAAACACAUUUCCCAUUUACGCUGAAAAUGUUGCGUGUAUAAUAAUAAUAAUAAUAAUAAUAAUAAUAAUAAUAAUAAUAAUCGUAAAUAUAAUCGGAGCUGGAGAUUUUCGUCACACAUGAUGAAUGACGAUAAAUUCGAAGAAACAUCAGAAAGGACAAGUUUGUUCCAGUCGAAUAACUGUGCCCGAGAGCCGUGGCAGGCGACUAGAUCACUCUACCAACAGAGAUUGAAACAACUGCACCACCAACAACAGCAGCAACAACAACAACAACCGAAUCAUCAACGUCUGCUUGAUGAAGACGACGAAGAUGAAGAAGAAGAAGAUGAGGACCAUGGAUACUGUUGCGCUGACCAGGCGUCACUGACACAUCAACAACACUCAAAAAUAUUAUUUCACCAACCGAAGCAAUGCAAUGCCUCGCAUAACCACUUUCGCAUUCCUCACCAUAAACUACAACAGACACCAUCUCCGCCGUCACAUCAGCGGCACUAUAACAUCCCUCUUCUAACUAAUUCAUCUGGAUUUUAUCAUCAUCACCACAACAAUCACCAGCAACAACACCAUCAUAGUCACGAUGACUGUGACGACCACGAUCACCACCACCACCACCACCAUCACCACCACCACAAUCACCUUCUGUCAGACCACCAACAGGUAACGCCAUGUAAUCCAGCUUCGUUGUCCAAGUCUUCCGUCUUUCCCACUGUCCAGCCAACGCUCAAUAAUAAUAAUAAUAAUAACAACAACAACAACAACAACAACGGCAAUAACAACAGCCUUCCAACCACUCUCAACCAAGAGCUUUGUGGAGGAAGACUAGGAACUCGCUGCCCCAAAAGCUUCCAUGUCGAUAGCAACGCAUCUUGUUUGUGUUGCAGCUCCUCAGCUGGACUCCCUCAUCAUGCUGCUAUCAUGAAAACCUCCUCAUCUUGCAAACCGCACGUCUAUACAUCGUCUUGCACUUCUGACUGUCCACAUCUCUCUGCCGUUCCGAAUGACCACAUCAUCCUAACCUGGAAUUUUCAAUACUGUCGAUCGUUCCAAGGAAUUCUUCGGUUAUUGAAUUCGGAUAUUAAGGCCAGAUUGAAAUGGUCUUCUAUGAGAAAGUUUGUUAAAUUUGAGUUAAGAGAACCUUUGACUGAACCUGAUGAUUACAGUGAUAAAGAUCUUGAUACUUUUCAACCUUAG